CGCUAGUGUCGUAUUUAUUUUCGUUUCGUUGCCAAAAAAUAGUGAAGCCCUUAUAGCGUCAUACUCAUCAUAACUAAUGCUACCAUUCAUAGUUUAGCAAGCGUAAAUAAGGUUUUUAAAAAGCACGUUGGACAAUUGUGUAAAAUUGAAAAUGGCGAUGGAACUGCAACCGUUUCUCCACGAAGUACGAUACGACCAAACCUGGCUGGAACAAAUCCUGCUGCAACUGGGAGAUAUGUUUGAAAUCCGCAUCGUUUGGAACAGUGACACGGCAGUUUUAACGGGAGCAUUUGCUCUAGCUGGCGGGCUCGUGGGUGGCUAUGCGGGGGGCAGGAUGGGCGCUGCCCUGGGCGCUGGUAUUGGAAGUGCAGCAGGACUUGGGGUUUCAACCUAUGUAUCCCUCCGAGAAAUCUGGGCCUCAGUGAAACACCAGCUCAAGGAGAUCCUCUUCAUCAUAUUCAACUACCUGCGGCGAUUGGACCCAGUGGACUACUACCACGCCUUCGAGCUAGUCCUAGCCUGUACAGCUAGUCGGAGAGAACUGGUGCUCACCAUAUUGGACUUCAUCGCUUCCAAGUUGGGGAAGGAAGUGCUGUCCAGCAUUACUGCAGCGUAGGACUUUACUUGGAGAAAGUGGAGGUUGUGAAGUGCUAAUGUUGAAGAAAAUUUUAGCUUUGUGUUUAACAGUUGCACUGUAUGACGCCUGUUCAUACUCGUAGUAUAUGGAUAGGGCAAGAGUUGCAACAUUCCACUCUAUUAUUAUUUUGUAAGGUGCAAUGCGGUAAGUUCGGAAGUGGGGCAAUUUGGGAAAUGGAAAAUAUGAACUUAACUAGAAGCAAGAUGCCUUGGUAAGCGUUGCAGUAGCAAGUGUUGCUUAAAUAUGAACUGCUUCUGGUUUUAUAGACAUUUGCCAUUUUCAAAAUAACCCCGCUUUCGAUGUUACCUAAUGCACCUUACUGGUUAUUGCUAUCCUAAUAGGUUUUGUAGUGUUAUUUCCGGGGACACGGACAGGGACUUUUCUGUAAUGACAACAUUGGUUUAUAAAACCAACAUAUCAAAAAUAUAAUAAUAAAAAAAUCUUAAAUAAUAGGCGGGUCCACACAGCGAGCGAGCGAGCACGUUUGUUCGAGGCAAUGUUCUCGCACACAAACCAGUCAGUGUAGACGUGCCUCGCCUGAGCCGCCUCGGCCGAGGCACGUCUACACUGACCGGUUUGUGCGCGAGAACAUUGCCGUAUGCUCGCUCUGUGUGGCCCCGCCUUAUGGUAUUAUUUACCAUCCCUACACAAUUCAACGUGACGUAAUGUUACUCUGCAAAUCAAAAUAAAUGAAACCAGUCUUAUGAUUAGAUAAUGAAAGGUAACUUGGCUAAAAACUACUUUUUAUGUUCGAUAAGUUUUUUUUAAUUUAGAUGAUGGUUUUCUUUUUAAUUAAAACUAUAUAAUGUGUAAAUAUAUUUUACGUAUUAAUUAUUGAUAUUGUAAAUAUUUUUGUUUCGUAAAUUUUGUUGAAAAUACAAAAUAUUAAAUUUAAUAAAAUUUGUAAAAUUUACUAUUUAUAUAAAUAAUUUGAAAGUGCCUUUGAAAUCGUAAAUGUAUACCUAUAUAUGAUCUUUAAAAAACGUCCGCUGCAUGGGAGGACAAUCAGAUACCUAAGCAUAAAAUAUAUCGUAAUAUUUUCAUACCAGGUACAAGUAGGAUACUUAUUUCAGACCAUUUUAAAAAUUGAAUUUUUUUAAUGCGCUUUUCUGCACUAUCAAACUCAUACUAAUGCACACAGCCAUUUAAUUGUUUGACAAUAGCAAUACUUGUCCAAAAAAAAAAUUGCUCGCCAAUAUUUCAUAGACCGAAACAAAAUUUGUGGUAAAACUAAAAAAAAUGCUUUUUUUAGCAGUUAAAGCUCAGAAUCAGUAUUUAAUUUUGUUUCCUUUGACUCGGCCAUAACUUGACUGCUCAAUAUCCGUUCAAUGUCGGGACAAAAUUACCCACUUUGAGCAGAUUAGAUAAGUGCACCCAUGCACAUUACACAGUGGUUGUUUUGGCUUAGAAUGUGAUCUAAUAUUUGCUCAACAUACAUUUAGUUACAAAUAAGCGUUAGGUUAGCGUCCACCGAAGAUGAGCGAGGCAAAGCGGUGCGUAAAAAAAACACCAAUUAACCUUUUCGACGCCGUGUCAAAUAAAAGCUGUCACCCGGACGCCACGUCACCAAAGUGUCGAAACUGAAAUUGAACCAUAUGCAUAUGCACGUAGGUCUAUGUUGCUCUGUGGUCUGUGACGGAUGAAUCCGUCUUCGGCGAUGGACCUACGGUGCGGAUAUAUCCGCCAUUGGCGUCAAAAAGGUUAAGGUCCGAAGGAAAAGACCGACAUAUAAUAUGUUUGGUUUGGAAAACCGUUAUAGGUCAAGAAUUCUCGUAUUUGGUUACGUACUUCGCUUAGACACUGACAGAAGGAAGAGCUGCGCUCAUUCUGCUGCACUUCUGUAAGUGAAGUAUGUGUACAAAGUUACAACAAACGCAAGAGUAAGAAGCGACCAAAGAGCUUGUAGACGAUCUUACCUGAUAGACGGUCUUCACCACGUUGUACUUGGGUAUAAACGCAGAUAGAAACACGAACCAAAAGGAUCGUUAACUCGCGCCGCGCCGCUAUCUCGCUCAUUUCUUGUCGAUGGUCGCUCUUAGCGUUGUGGUUGUUUAUUUUGUUUUAGUUUAAGGUUUUAAUUGUGAUUAUUAAUACACUUGUUUGGGUAAA